AUGGAGACGAAGAAGAGUAGUAAAAUCGCGAGGAGGACAGAGCCGGGAAUCGGCGAUGACGACAGGCUCAGCUCGUUACCGGAUCCAGUCAUCUGCCACAUCCUCUCUUUUAUGGAAACCAAGUACGCCGUCGCCACCGCAGUUCUCAGCCGUCGGUGGGAAGAUCUUUGGACUAGGGUUUCCAGUCUCGACUUCGACGGCCGCUUGGUUUACAGGUCUCUGGCCAAACCGCAGAAACUAGAACCUGCUUCAGAUUUUGUAAAGCGAGAUAUGGAAUUCUGCCGCUUCGUCGACAAGGUACUGGGCCAGCACGAGAAUCUCAAUUCUCUUAGACGUUUCCGCUUCCGUUUUCCAGUGGAUAUUAGUUACCUGUACAAGUGCCGAAUGCGGCUUUCUGAAACUGGGUUUAGGUUUAGGUUUACGUGGGAAUCGGUGUUUGUUCCUCCGAUUGAGGAGAUUGAUGUGAUGGUGGGGGAAACCGAAUGCCGAAUUCCCCAAUGUAUGCACUGCAUUCCACAGAGUUUCUACACUUUGAAGAAUCUGAAAGUUGCCAAGCUUGAUGGGGUUGAACUGGGUGCAAUAAACGAGUCCGUUUUUCUUCCUAGUGUGAAGAUUUUGCAGCUUUGUGGUGUGAAAAUUGAGAACUUCAAGUCAUUGGGCAGGCUCCUUUCUGGUUGCCCUGUUGUAGAGACUGUUCAUCUGAAGAAUUGGCUCCACUUUAACUACAAGGAGAAAGAUAGAAUCGAGGUUUCCUUACCAUGCUUGAAAAACCUGAAGAUUUUCUGUUUUGGCUAUUGGAGAUAUCCGAUGCAUCCCAUUGUUAUUGAAGCGCCAAAUCUGGAGGAUCUUUAUCUUGAGCAAUUUGCAGACGUACAGUUUGAGGAGAGUAUUCCAUUGUCAUGCCUUCAUUCAGCACAUGUUGAUCUAUACGAGGAGUCCCCAAACUAUGUCAUUCGGCUCCUUGCUCAAAUCUCCAGUGCCAAGAGGAUGAGCUUAUCCGGGGCGACUCUGAGUGAAUUGUCAGCUGUAGAUGAUAUUCAACUACCUGGCUUCCCCAAUUUGACACAUUUGACGAUUGGAAUCGAGGAAUUCGAGGGCAGUACGAGUUGGGUUGUGCACUCUUUGCUCAAGUCAGCCUCCAAACUACAAUCGCUUGUCAUUGACAUGGAGAAUCCCAUGAGUGUACCAACGGGAAUGGGGUGGGAGAGUUUAGAAACUGCUUGCACGCCACAUUGUUUGUUAUCUAGCCUGGAGGAGAUCAAGAUCAAAGAAUUUGUAGCAUAUCCAGAAGUGAAGAAUAUGAUGGCAUAUUUGCUCAAAGUUGGUGCUGUCCUGAAGAAGGUGCAUAUGCACGUAUGUUGUGCUUUGAUGGACGAAACAGAUCUUAUGCCACUGCUUGAACUUCCAAGAGGAUCGAGCGCUUGCGCAGUUGAGCUUCUUACAUCAACGUUGAUAUGA